UCUUCGUGUGAAGUUGAGCAUUUCCGGAGAUCUAUUGUGGAUGGACAGUAUUUAUAUCUUAGCCGACCACAGUUUAUUGUAGAUUCGUGCAGUGUUUCACUUUGCGGUUCCUGUGACCACCUCGAGCAGCAGCAACAUGUCUCAGGCUCGAGUUACUGAUUUCUUUUCCCAGAGAAAGAAAAGCAUCGCCGGUCCAGUGAAACCAGCCAAACAGAGCAGGAGCACUGUUGUCGGCCGUGGCUCUUCUGGGAUAUCCUCGAAAAACAAAGGUGCUUUUCUUCUUUCGUCCUCCGUCCAUGAAGAGUUUGUCCGAGUUAUCGACGAGGCAGCGGAGCUAAACGACGGAGAAUAUGCUAUCAGCAACACCGCGAAAGAGUCUCCCUCUAGUCCCCGGACACCAAAGCGGAGCUCAGCCGAGACAGAGUUUGACCUCGGAGCAGCUGUGUUUUCAGCCACCGCCGACCACAGCACGGCCAAGAAGAGACGGCAAGUGGAGGUCGUUAGAGAAGCUAAAGCUAACGUUCCGCAGAAAGCAACGAAGAAGAAGGCCAGGAAGAAACUUGUCCUUCCUCAAGACACACCACAGGCUGCAGUCCAGCCCCUGCCCAGUGAGGGGUCCCAGCAGCACGUAGCGCCAACAGCCCAAGUGUCCGGACAGAAUCCUGAGAAGCAUUUAAACUUCCAAACCUCUCCACAGAGGGGUCCAGUCAUCAGCAAGAACAAUGAAGGACGGGCCAGUAAGGCUUUGUGUAAAGAGGACAUUGCUACCCUCAAGUCUCGCCUUCAGAGGAUCAAGAAACAUGUAGAGGAGAUAAGCAGCCCUACUCCAGCUUCCUCAGCUGGUUCAGCUCCCAACACCAGCUCACCUGCCACCUCUGAUGCUAAGACCCUCAAGGUAACUGUAGCUCAAGCCAAAGAGCUUGCAGCUAAAGUUCAGCGGAGGAAGGAGGAGAGGGACGCCAAGGAGCGCAAGCUGAGUGAGACACAAACCCAGGACAGUACUGAGCAGCCAGCAUACCAGCAGUACCAUACCCUUGCCCAGGCGGCCCCUCCGGGCAUAUCCCUGCCCUACCAGUACAAGGUGCUGACUGACAUGUUCAGGAGUAUGGACACUGUGGUUGCAAUGCUUUACAACCGCUGUGAGACGACCACCUUCACCAAGAUCAAACGUGGAGUUCAGGACAUGAUGCACAAGCGGUUUGAGGAGAGCCACGUUGGUCAGAUAAAGACUGUGUUUCCUGAGGCCUACACGUUUAGACAGGAGAAGAACAUCCCAACCUUCAACAGCAGCAUUAAGAAGGGCAGCUACCAGCUCACCGUGGAGCCUGUCAUUCUCUCAGACCAGAAUGAAGCUCGCCCUUUCCUGUCAGCCUCUCGCCUCCUGGAGAGAAGACGCAUCUUCCACCUGAAUCUGGUCUCCAUUGUUAAACAGCACCACAAGGUCUUCCUAUCCUUGUUGGUUCCUCCGGUGUCUGUCCCAGAAGACAAACUGACCCGCUGGCACCCUCGCUUUAAUGUGGACACUGUGCCGUCCAUCUCAACCAGCUCGCUGCCUCAGCCUCCUCGCACUGACAAACUGGCCACAGCUCAGGAGGUGCUGGACAAGGCUCGCUCACUCAUCACACCCAAGAUGGAGAAGGCUCUGGUUUCUCUGGCUCUGAAGACAGAAAGUAAAGCUGCAGAGAGUAAAGACUCAACAUCUCCACAGAACCCAACAAUCCCAGAAGCCCCGGCUCCAGCCGCUCAGGCCCCAACUGCCCUGAAAGGAGUGUCUCAGUCCCUGCUGGACAGGAUUCGGGCUAAAGAGGCCCAGAAGCUCCAGGCAGCCAUGACCCGGAACCCCAUCCAGGAUGAACGCCUGAUGAUGAUGUCACGGCUCCCGGAGCUGGCCAGGAUUCUGAGGAACGUUUUUGUCACAGAGAAGAAACCAGCUAUGAUAAUGGAAGUGGCCUGUAACAGGACGGUGGCCAGCUACAGAUCUGCUCUCAGCACAGGUGAAAUGGAGAAACACAUCCGUCUACUGGCAGAAGAGGCUGCUGAUUGGCUGACUAUUCAUCCAAUCAGGAAGGACUUCUACCUGAAGUUGAACAAGAACAUGGAGCUCAACAUCGUUCUGGACAAACUGAGCUGCAGACUCCGAGAGGAGGAGAGAAUCUGAGAUGUGACAGAAUGACUGACUGGUGUGGAGAUCUUUCUCAGGUCCUUGCUAUGGAAGCUGCCAGCAGACUGAAGGCUAGCUCCAUUUAAAGAGCCAUAUUUUUCAGUGAAUUUCACUGGUUUGUGUGCAGAAGUGUGUCUGAUAUUUUAGACACCGUGGGUUUUGUGGUGUGCGCUGAGCUCUACGCUGUCAGAAGUAGUUACUGCUCCGGCACGCAGGUACGUCCCAAAAUCCAGAGACCAUGUGGGACCGACCGGACCUAGUCCUGGUGUUUCCACCAUCCCACUGUGUUGUUAAAAAAAAAAGGUUGUUUUAACCACAGUUCUAUUAUAGUGACUGAAGAUGGGAUUUGCUUUGUUUUUAUUUCCUCCAUGAAAAUGUAAUAUUGGUGUCUGCUUCCAGUCUUUUUUUUUUUAAUUUUUUUUUUUGGAUCAAUUUUCUACAAUGUAGAACUGAUGAAUGUUGACAUUUUUAAAGUUUACUGUGUGAUAAUGUUUAAGAAAUACACACAUUUGUCAAAGUC